GUUGUGGGCGGGCCUAGGCUGACGGAAUCCGGAAGCGCUCAGCGCGCAGGUCGGGCCAGCUUGGUUGGGUUAACCGCGGCUCGCUGACCCGGGUUUAGGCAUGUCCGCCCGUCGGGGGCAAGUGUUUGUUGAAAAAGUACUGAAGAGGCUUUUUCCUAAUGCUCCAAGUGGCCAAGAAGAGGCAGCACCCCAGACUUCAGCUUCUGAAAAACCACCCAAGAAAGUGACCUUUGAGAAAGUAAAACCCAAGCAUGCUCCGCCUUUGACGGAUAGUGAUACAAAGUUCCAGUCCAAAAGACGACUCUAUACUGUAAGUUUACCUCCUGAAGGAUACAUUCCCUGUUUGCCAGAGACAAACAGCUGUACAGAUUCAGAAAACAGCUCCAGUGAGGAUGACACAGAAGAUCAACGCCAGGAGCAACCAAAGAGAAGAAGAAUUAGGAAGCAUAAAUCAAAGAAAAAAUUUAGAAAUUCCAAUAAUGCCCAUGUAGAACAAUCAGAAUUAGAUACACAGCAGAGUCUUUUACAAGAAAAAUUACAGCCACACCACACAGAUGGCCCCACAAUAAGCAAAAAUAAAAAGAGGAAACUGAAAAAGAAACAGCAAAUUAAAAAGAAGAAAGCAGCUGGCUUAGUGACAAAGACCUCUGGUAUCAACUUCAUGUACCAACCUGAAGAAAGCAACAGCGAGCAGGAAAAUGUGCUAUAUACUGAUGAAAAAGUUAAAGACAUUAGUGAGGAAGAUGCUACAGAUAAUGCCAAUGAAGAAGAUGUUAGACGUACCAAUGUGGAAGAUGUUACAGAUAAUGCCAAUGAAGAAGAUGUUAGACAUACCAAUGUGGAAGAUGUUACAGAUGUCAAUGAGGAAGAUAUUAAAGGUGCCAAUGAGGAAGAUAUUAAAAUUACCAAGGAAAAGGCAGAGAGUAUCCUAAAGUUUUUGAAAUCCACACAAGAAAUUUAUUUUUAUGAUGGUAUGGCCAAAGAUUCAGAUCCAGCUGUCUGUGUGGAAACCACCGAAGAGCUGUUCAACCAUCUUGAGUCUCACCGCAUGCCUCCCUCCGAUGUGUUCAUUCUGGACCACAUGAAAACUCUGUUACUUUUGCAAGAUAUUGAGAGAUUGAAGAGUGCUCUGGAAAUGUUCCCAGAACAUUGCAUGAUGCCUCCUGAUCAUGCCAGAGUAAUCUCAGCUUUUUUUAAUUACUGGAUCACACACAUCCUUCCUGAGAAAAACAGUGAAUAAAAUCAGUAUAUGUAUUCAAGUUAAGCUAAUGUUUAAAGAGUACAUAUAAAAUAUAAAGAUGAAAUGGGCUGGGAAGUAUUUUUUAUAUAAAAAGAAGUAAAAUUCCCAAUGUUAUCUUUGUAACUCAAACCCUGUUAACUCUGAAGACAUUGCUGCCACAUUAUUUAUUUUUGUGUUUGCAAUUCCUAUAAAAGCUAAAAAUGAAUAUCUUGUUAGCUAAAUAAACUGUAUAGUUUUAAGCUGUUAUUUAUUUUUAUAAUGUUUUAAAUCACCUUGUAUCUGAAAGUCUCUGUUUUAAGAAUGCUUUGU